UACGGAAAAAAUAGUACACCACUGUAACUGGAUGCACUCUAGAAAAGAUCGACCUACUUUAACUGUCAAAGUACUGUCAAAAUAGUUUCUGUUGCUCAGCCUUACUAGAGGUUAUUCUGCCUUUAUUUUUUGUUUUUUGUUGCAUCAAAACCACUUGAAAAUGACCUAAAAUGUUGUCAUAUUACCAUGUUAAAAAUUGUCUUUAAAGUUUUAUGUUUUUCGUGAAAAAUGUCGGAUUUACUGUGAUCCUUAUGUUGAGUAACAAAAAGUGAAACUUUGAAAUGGCGAAUCGACGAGCCGUUUUGGCAUCUUCCAUGGAAACAUUGCCGAGUUCCAGCGACCCUUUGAGAGAGCUUUUCGAAGCAUGUAAAACUGGGGACAUUUCCAGAGUCAGAAAAUUGGUCACUCCUCAAACAGUUAAUGCAAGGGACACUGCAGGGAGAAAGUCGACACCCUUACAUUUCGCUGCAGGCUAUGGUAGAAGAGACGUUGUAGAAUUUUUAUUAUCAUCUGGAGCUUCAAUUCAAGCAAGAGACGAUGGAGGGCUGCAUCCACUUCAUAAUGCUUGCUCAUUUGGCCACGCAGAUGUAGUGAGACUAUUACUUGAAGCAGGUGCUAAUCCAAACACCAGGGAUAAUUGGAAUUACACACCGUUACAUGAAGCUGCAAUAAAAGGCAAAAUAGAUGUUUGUAUAGCACUUUUACAACACGGUGCCGAUCCAAACAUACGAAACACGGAGGGAAAAACACCCCUCGAUCUAGCAGAUGCUGCCGUGAAACCCGUUCUGACAGGCGAAUAUAGGAAAGACGAGCUCCUGGAGGCAGCAAGGUCUGGGGCUGAAGACAGGUUAUUGUCCCUUUUAAAUCCCCUUAACGUAAACUGCCACGCUAGCGAUGGCCGGCGUUCAACACCCUUGCAUUUAGCUGCUGGAUAUAAAGGCGGACUCAUUCCACUCCAUAACGCGUCGAGUUACGGGCACCUGGACAUUGCAGCCCUCCUCAUCAAGUUCAACACGGUUGUCAAUGCCACCGAUAAAUGGGGCUUUACACCUCUUCACGAGGCAGCCCAGAAAGGACGAACUCAACUAUGUGCUCUCCUACUCGCACAUGGUGCCGACCCAUUCCUGAAAAAUCAAGAGGACCAAGCGCCAGUCGACCUAGCUAUCCAGGAGGACGUCCGUUGUCUCUUACGAGACGCUAUGGCGUCCCAACAAUCGGUACCAACAGCGUCUUCAGCGUCCGUGAACGCCGUUCUAAGACCGCCCUCUGUCGCUUUAUCGCACGCGUCAACAAGCUCGUCCGUCCAAGCUGCAGUUAAAGAGGUGGUGAUAAUGCCUUCAGGAGCACCCUUAACGCUAACUGUCCCAGUAGCGACUACGCGUAUGAGCAUUGCGAUGCCAAACGCCGAAGGAUGUGCUGAAACGUUGAAACUGGAAGGAAGUGUUCAAGAAUCUGGAGAGGUGGUUAAUAUUGCCACAUUUUUAGCCAAUUUAAACUUGGAACAUUUAUUGGAAUUAUUGGAACGUGAACAAAUCACGUUGGAUAUUCUAGCCGAGAUGGGUCACGAAGAUUUAAAGCAAAUCGGCAUUUCUGCAUAUGGUUACCGUCAUAAGUUGAUAAAGGGCAUAGAAAGAUUCGUUGCAAACUAUGGCAGUCCUUGGACGACUCCUUCAAAUCCUGGAACGCUCCUAGUUGACCUACUGACAGAUGACAAGGAAUACAUAGCAGUCGAAGAAGAGAUGCAAAACACAAUCCAAAGACAUCGAGAUAACGGUCAUGCUGGUGGCAUUUUUAGUAGAUACAACAUAAUAAGGAUACAAAAGGUACAAAAUAGGAAAUUAUGGGAACGUUACACGCACAGAAGGCAGGAAGUAGCGGAAGAAAAUGGUAACCAAAGUAACGAAAGAAUGCUAUUCCACGGUUCUGCUUUUAUAAAUGCGAUAGUGCAAAAAGGUUUCGACGAAAGACACGCGUACAUAGGGGGCAUGUUCGGAGCCGGAAUAUAUUUCGCCGAACACUCAUCGAAAAGUAAUCAAUACGUUUAUGGAAUUUGCGGAGGGACAGGUUGCUCGGCACACAAGGAUCGAUCCUGCUACAUUUGUCACAGGUAAAAAUACAAAAAAGACAUUUAAAAUAAC